AUGCAGCUAUAUUGUCUUUACCGCAUUGCAGUGACACUCUUAGGAUGUUUGAGUACGGUUGCUCAUGGGUAUCAGAUUCCACCCCGAGACUAUGAACUCAACAACUACUUUAUUGUUGAGUUGAAAGAUGACUACAAGGUUCAUGACUUCAUAGAUAGACACAGAAACAUUUAUAAGUUUGAACACCAGUUGCCUCGGUUGGAUAACCAUUACGUGUUCAGCAUAGAUAAGAAACACCCUCAUAAUGAGUUCUUAGGGAACUACAAUUCCAACAACUAUGAUUUAUUCAAAAGAGAUUACUCUGGCGACGGCUAUGAAGAUCACAUUGCACUGUUGUUAGCAGAUGUCAGAUCCAUACAUGCACUACCUCCCAAACAGCUUGAGAAAAGAACGCCUGUGUACUAUAGCAGAGAAGAAAUGAUAGAGAAAGCGGCUAAACGGGACUACAAAAUCAAUGAUUCUUCUCAAGAAGGACUAAAGAAAGUUGCUGAUCAGUUGAAAAUUGAAGAUCCACUUUUCAUUGAGCAAUGGCAUUUGAUUAAUACUCGUUAUCCCGGACAUGACGUGAAUGUUUCUGGGUUAUGGCUAGAGGGAAUUGCCGGAAAAGGCAUAGUGACAGCACUUGUGGACGACGGUUUAGACUUUACAUCUCCGGAUUUGAAAGACAGUUUCAAUGCCGAGGGAUCUUGGGAUUUCAACGAUAAUGGGAAGGCACCAAUGCCUAGACUAUAUGAUGAUUAUCAUGGAACUCGAUGUGCUGGAGAAAUUGCAGCUCAAAAAAAUGAAUUCUGUGGAAUUGGAGUAGCAUAUGAUUCUCAAGUGGCCGGAGUUAGAAUCCUAUCUGGAAGAAUUACAGCUGCCGAUGAAGCACAAUCUUUAAUAUAUGGAUUGAAUGUUAAUGACAUUUAUUCAUGUUCAUGGGGUCCAACAGAUGAUGGACGUACUCUUGCCGAACCAGAAGUCAUUGUCAAGAAAGCUAUGAUUAAAGGAAUUCAAGAUGGUCGGGAUAAUAAAGGUGCUUUGUAUGUAUUUGCUCUGGGGAAUGGAGCUCGGUUUGGAGAUUCGUGUAAUUUUGAUGGAUACACCAAUUCUAUUUAUUCAAUUACAGUUGGAGCUAUUGACUAUAAGGGCUUACAUCCCUCUUAUGCCGAGGCAUGCAGUGCUGUCAUGGUAGUCACCUACAGUAGUGGUUCGGGUGAACAUAUUCAUACCACAGACAUCAAAGAGAAGUGUUCUGCAGCUCAUGGUGGUACAUCUGCUGCUGCCCCUUUAGCUGCUGGAAUUUAUUCUCUUGUAUUGUCAGUUAAUCCUAACUUGACAUGGAGAGAUGUACAAUAUGUUUCAGCGUUAAGUGCAGUUCCCGUUAAUGAAGAAGAUGGCAGUUAUCAAGUGACAAAAUUAGGUCGUAAGUAUUCUCAUAAGUAUGGGUUUGGGAAGCUUGAUGCUUAUAAGAUGGUCAAGUUUGCUGAGACUUGGAAGAAUGUCAAACCACAAGCAUGGUAUUAUUCCGAUGUUGUUGAUGUGAUGAAGAAAUGGGAAGGUACAAAAGUUGAUGCACCUCCUCCAGCUGGUGGUCCUGGUCGAGUCAAAAGAGCUCCCGAAUAUAAAGACUCGAUCAUACUGUCUGUUAUUUCUGUGACCGAGGAUGACUUGAAGGUUAUGAAUGUGGAAAGACUAGAACAUGUAACUGUUAAAGUUAAUAUUGACUCUUCCUUUAGAGGGAAAGUCGGAGUCAAAUUAACCUCCCCAUCAGGACUUAUCAGUGAAUUAGCUUCCUUCAGACGCUUUGAUGGCAGUGGCUCUGGGUUCCAGAACUGGACCUUUAUGAGUGUGGCUCAUUGGGGUGAAGACGGAGUUGGAGAUUGGAAGUUGGAAGUAUAUCCAUCUGAAGAAGACAUGAAGAAGGUUGAUAUCGGAUUUAAGAAUUGGCAACUAAGACUAUGGGGUGAGAGUAUUGAUGCUGAGAAGGCUGAGAAAUAUGAUUUGGAUGUUGACUAUUCCAAAAUUAGAAGAGACAGAUUGGAGGCUAAACCCAUUGAAGUGUCGUCGUCUGCUCCUCUUUCUAGCUCAACCAGUGAAGCGGUAGCUACUAGUGACGUGACAGUACCAACAUCCACAUCAUCACCUUCGUCUACUGCGACUGAUGAUUCUUCAAAGGAAGGUGGUACUGAAGAUUCUGAGGAUAAUCACGAAGGAGCUAAUAAGCAAUACACCAAUGACCAUACCGGACAAUACUUUAUGGCCGUUGCAAUCUUAGGAUUUGUGUUGGUGAUAAUUUACAUGAGGUUCCAUCGUACCCCUGGAGGAUCGAAGAGAAGAGUUAGAAGAGAACAAUACGAAUUUGAUAUAAUUCCCGGUGAAGAAUAUAGCGAUAGUGAAGACGAAGACGCAGCUUUCGCCAAUGAACGAGGUAGACGUGGAGGCCGAGACAACUCCUUUGAAUUGGGUACGAUUGUUCCUAGUGGUGCCGUUCCGAUGGAAGAUCCAGAUUAUGAUGAGAAUCUUCCAAGCAAGCAAUUAUCUGGCGGUGAGCAUUUCAAAGUCGCUGAAGAUGAGGAGGAUUAUAAUGUUAAUGAUGACAAUGAAAAUGUAUUUGAUGAUACUCAUGCAAUACAGGAAGAAGAGGAACAAGAAGAAGAGCAGGAGGAUCAUAUUGAUGAUGAGAGCAACAAUGAGCCAGCAUCUGAAGCCGACAUCUUGACUCCACCAUUAAACAAAUGA